AUGGAUAAAUGUAGUCUUUAUGCAAUCUCUUUCUCUUUCACUCUGUCACCUCGUCUCUUUUUAUCUAUCUAUCUAUCUAUCUGCUUAAAAAUUUGUCUUUAUUCUGUACCCCCUGUCAAUUUUUUUAAUUAUACUCUCUUUCCAUCUGUCAGUUUUAAAUCUUUCCCUUACACUCCUUUUCUCUUUGUCUGCUGUCUGUCUGUCGGUCUGUUUCUGUCAGUCUGUCUCUCUCUCUCUUUCUUUCUCUCUCUCUCUCUCUCUCUCUCUCUCUCUCUCUCUCACUCUCAGCUUCAUAUCUUGAUUUCCCUGUCUCAAAAUUUCUCCUCUUUGUCUGUCUCAAAAGUUGAUCUUCUGAUCUCUCUUUCUAUCUUUCUCUCUCUCUCUCUCUCUCUCUCUCUCUCUCUCUCUCAUUCGCUGUUUGUUUUAUAUCUUGUUCUUAUUCUUUCUCUUCCUCACUCUAAAACAUGUCCUUAUAUUUUCUCUCUCUGUCUCUCUCUGUCUGUCUGUCUGUCUGUCUCUCUCUCUCACUCUCUUUCUUUCUGUCUCUCAAUCUGUCUCAAAUCGUUUCCUUCUGAUCUCUAUCUCCGUCUUAAAUCUUGUCUUUAUUCUCUCGCUUUAUCUGUCUUCCACGCAAAUUGUCCACUUGCUCUAUUUUCUCUUUCUUUCUUUCUUUCUUUCUUUCUUUCUUUCUUUCUUUCUUUCUUUCUUUCUUUCUGUCUCUCCAGCGCGUGCUCCCUGUUUAUCUUAAAAUUUCUAUUUAUUCUACCUCUUUUUCUCUCUCUCAAAACUUGCCCUUAUUUUCUCAUUCUUUCUUUUAUACUCUCUCUUUUCUCUGUUCCUCAUGUCUGUAUUUCCACUCUUUCUCUGUUCCUCUUGUUCGUAUUCUCUCUCUUCUAUUCGUCUUCUCUGUAUCCUCUCUCUUUCUACGUUCGUCCUGUGUGUAUUCUCACACUAUCUCUGUUCAUCUUGUCUGUAUCUUCUCUCUUUCUCUGUUCGUCUUGUCUCUGUCCUCUCUGUUCCUCUUGCCUAUUCUCUUCUUUUCUCUGUUCAUCUUGUCUGUAUACUCUCUCUUCCCCGAUUCGUCUUCUCUGUAUUCUCUUUCUGUCUCUAUUCAUCUUGUCUCCUCUCUCUCUCUUUCUCCAUUCGUCUUGUCUGUAUACUCUCCCCUGUUCGUCUUGUCUGAAUUCUCUCUCUUUCUCUGUUCAUCUUCUCUGUAUCCUCUUUCUUUAUCUAUUCGUUUCUUCUCUAUUCUCUCGUAUUCUCUAUAUCUCUCUAAAAAUAUUUCCUUUUGAUAUCUCUUUCUCUGUUUUUCUUACAACCUAUCCAUAUUUUUUCCUUUCUCUUUUUGACUCAGUAUCUUUCUCUUAUUCUUUCUCUCUCACUCUCUCCUACAUCCUCUCUUCAUGCUCCCUCUUUCUCUGUGUCUCACCUACUCAGUCUAUCUGCCUUCUCGGCAACUUUUUUGCUUUUUUGUCAUAUCUAUGUACGUACUCUAUCUAUCUAUCUAUCUAUCUAUCUAUCUAUCUCAUCUUGUCAUAUCUAUGUAUGAAAUCUGUCUAUCUAUCUAUCUAUCUAUCUCAGUCUUGUCAUAUCUAUGUAUGUAAUCUAUCUAUCUAUCUAUCUCAUCUUGUCAUAUCUAUGUAUGUAAUCUAUCUAUCUAUCUCAGUCUUGUCAUAUCUAUGUAUGAAAUCUGUCUAUCUAUCUAUCUGUCUAUCUAUCUAUCUCAGUCUUGUCAUAUCUAUGUAUGAAAUCUAUCUAUCUGUCUAUCUCAUCUUGUCAUAUCUAUGUAUGAAAUCUAUCUAUCUGUCUAUCUGUCUUGUCUAUCUAUCUGAAAUCUUGUAUCUAUCUAUCUAUCUAAAUCUAUCUAUCUGUCUGUCUAUCUCAGUCUUGUCAUAUCUAUGUAUGAAACUAUCUAUCUAUCUAUUUAUCUCAGUCUUGUCAUAUCUAUGUAUGAACUCUAUCUAUCUAUUUAUCUCAGUCUUGUCAUAUCUAUAUGUACUGUAUCAAUCUAUCUAUCUGUCUAUCUCAGUCUUGUCAUAUCUAUGUAUGAACUCUAUCUAUCUAUCUAUCUAUCUAUCUGUCUGUCUAUCUAUCUAUCCCAGUCUUGUCAUAUCUAUGUAUGAACGCUAUCUAUCUAUUUAUCGCCUCUUGUCAUAUCUAUCUAUGUACUGUAUCUAUCUAUCUAUCUGUCUAUCUAUCUAUCGCAGUCUUGUCAUAUCUAUGUAUGAACUCUAUCUAUCUAUCUAUCUAUCUAUCUAUCUAUCUAUCUAUCCCAGUCUUGUCAUAUCUAUGUAUGAACUCUAUCUAUCUAUUUAUCUCAGUCUUGUCAUAUCUAUCUAUGUACUCAAUCUUUCUCCUUCUGUUUGUGUCUUUGUGUUCAGUCUACUUCAAUCUCCAUCUUUCUAUUUCUCUAUUUCUGUCGCUCUAUAUCUCUAUCUUUCUCUCUCUCUCUCUCUCUCUCUCUCUUUCUCUAUCUAUCUAUCUCUAUCGAUUUAUCUGUUAGUCUUUUCAUAUCUGUUUAAGUCUUUUCAUAUUUAUCUAUGUACUCAAUCUAUUCUUAUCUAUCUUCGUGUGUCUAUAUAUUCUGCCUACAUCUCUGUCUACCGCUGUCUCUUUCUUCUUCUCCCCCCCCUCUAUCUUUCUAUCUAUCUUUCUGUCUAUUUAUCUAGUAAUAGAUUGACUAACAGGUAA